CGGGGCCCGCGCUCACUCGGAGGCCGGGCGACCGGCGGCAGGACGCGCUCGCGGAGUCGGGCCCGGCGGCGGCCGGCCGCGCGCACCAUGCCGUCCUUCGACGAGGCGCUGCAGAGGGCGGGCGAGUUCGGGCGCUUUCAGCGGCGCGUGUUCCUGCUGCUGUGCCUGACGGGCGUCACCUUCGCCUUCCUCUUCGUCGGCGUGGUCUUCCUGGGCAGCCAGCCCGAGCGCUACUGGUGCCGCGGCCCGAGCGCCGCCGCGCUGGCCGAGCGCUGCGGCUGGAGCCCGGAGGAGGAGUGGAACCGCACGGCGCCCCCCGAGCACGGCGGCGACGGCAGCUGCCGGCGGUACCUGCUGGAGGCGGCCAACGCCAGCGCCGCGCCCGACGCGCUCAGCUGCGCCGACCCGCUCGCCGCCUUCCCCAACCGCUCCGCGCCGCUCGUGCCGUGCCGGGGCGGCUGGCGGUACGCCCAGACCCACUCCACCAUCGUCAGCGAGUUUGACCUCGUGUGUGGCAAUGCUUGGAUGCUGGACCUCACACAAGCCAUCCUAAACCUGGGCUUCUUGGCUGGAGCCUUCACCUUGGGCUAUGCUGCAGACAGGUACGGCAGACUAGUCAUUUACCUAAUCUCCUGUUUCGGUGUCGGCGUCACCGGUGUUGUGGUGGCAUUUGCACCCAAUUUCCCUGUGUUUGUGGUCUUCCGCUUCCUACAAGGUGUGUUUGGAAAAGGGACAUGGAUGACCUGCUACGUGAUUGUAACAGAAAUAGUAGGUUCAAAGCAAAGGAGAAUUGUGGGAAUAGUGGUCCAAAUGUUCUUCACCCUUGGAAUCAUAAUUCUUCCUGGAAUUGCCUACUUUAUCCCAAAUUGGCAAGGGAUCCAGCUAGCCAUAACGCUGCCCGGCUUUCUCUUCCUCCUUUAUUACUGGGUGGUUCCUGAGUCUCCCCGCUGGCUGAUUACACGGAAGAAAGGAGAUAAAGCAUUAAAAAUCCUGAGGAGCAUUGCCAAGUGCAAUGGGAAAUAUCUCUCACCGAAUUACUCAGAGAUCACUGUUACAGAUGAGGAGGUUAGUAACCCAUCCUUUUUAGAUCUGGUGAGGACUCCCCAAAUGAGGAAGUGCACACUUAUUCUUAUGUUUGCUUGGUUCACAAGCGCGGUGGUAUAUCAGGGACUCGUCAUGCGCCUGGGAAUUAUAGGAGGCAACCUCUAUAUCGACUUUUUCAUCUCAGGAGUUGUGGAGUUGCCCGCGGCCCUCCUGAUCUUACUGACCAUUGAGCGUUUUGGACGACGCCUUCCCUUCGCGGGAAGCAACAUAGUGGCGGGGGUGGCCUGCCUUGUCACUGCAUUCUUACCCGAAGGAAUACCCUGGUUGAGAACCACUGUUGCUACCCUGGGAAGACUAGGGAUAACCAUGGCCUUUGAAAUUGUUUAUUUGGUAAAUUCUGAAUUGUACCCAACAACGUUACGAAACUUUGGAGUUUCUCUUUGCUCAGGUUUAUGUGAUUUUGGGGGAAUCAUAGCCCCGUUUCUGCUCUUCCGGCUGGCGGCCAUUUGGCUGGAACUACCUCUUAUCAUCUUUGGUAUCCUGGCAUCGGUCUGUGGUGGUCUCGUGAUGCUUUUGCCCGAAACCAAGGGUAUUGCCUUGCCAGAAACAGUGGAUGAUGUAGAAAAACUUGGCAGAACAAUGCUACCUGAAAUUCGGAGUGAGAUGGAAGAUUCUCUUUAAGAUCUUGCCAUUUUGCCAAUCAAAAUUAAGAAAUGUAUAAAAGUCCAUAUUCCUCUAAAUGUGGCAGGAAAAAGAAAACUCAAGUGUCCAGCUCUCACCUUUGAGGCCCGCUGCCAAAGACGAAAGGAAGGAGCUCUUAGGGUUGACCUCUCCC